UUCCGAACUGCUCCUUUCUUGCGCGGAGAGUCUCCCGAAUUCAGGGCUCACGGCUUUCUGGUGACCUCGGGUCUUCCCCGUCCCCUCCCCCGCUGGGAGCCGAGCCCGGCCCAGCGCCAAUCACCCAUCCCGAGCCGGCUGCCCGUUGGGGGAGCGCCCCUCCCGCCCCGCAGUCAGACUUCUCCCUUUCUGCCCCGGGGCAAGCGAUCCUGGGUGGGGCAGCCGCGCUUUGGGGACGGCCCCCGCCGCGGAGCGUCGAGACUGGGGCCGCCCGGGCCGCGCGGGGCCCGGCCAGACGCCGCGCGCCGCCGGGGCAGCCGCACCUGAGCCCCCAGCUCGGGCCGAGGGGACGGGCGCUGGAGCAGCUGGAGCCCGCCGGGCGAGUGGGGGGGUGGGGGUAAGCAGAGCCACAAAGGGGUGACCACGUGCCGCCUCCCGCGGGCGGGGGCGCGGACUUGCCGGGUCAGACCCUUCCACCCCCGCCCGGCCCAGAUCACCUCGAGCACCCAGCACCAGCUCAGACGCAGACACAACCUCCCUCACCUCUCGCCCUAACUUUUCUUAAACUUGUCUGUAAGGGGGAACCUGCCGCCGCGCCCGCCCCCUAGCCGCGACGAUUCGCACUUGAACUCCGCCGCGCCGGCCUUCCACCUUGCGCCGCCCCGAGCGCGGGCGUGGAGUGGCUGCCGGGAAACCCCGAUGAACUCUCCAGAAAGAGCGUGAAGGAGGGUCCGGCCGCCGCGCUCGGCUCGGGCGCCCGGGGUCUCCAUUGGGGAACUCGGAGCAGCAGAGCCUGGGAAGGACUGUGGACCGUGACCGUGCGGCCCCUGGAGACCUCAGCGCAGUGAUGCCAACAUGAUGUUUCACUCAGAUCAAAUGUGGAACUGUCAUUGGAAAUGGAAGCCAAGUUCUCUUUUGUUCUUAUUUGCUUUGUGUAUUGUGUAUGUUCCUCUUUCAGUGUGGGGAUGUGCCAACUGCAGGGUUAUCCUAUCCAACCCUUCUGGGACAUUUACUUCUCCGUGCUACCCUAACGACUACCCUAACAGCCAGGCUUGCAUGUGGACCCUGCGAGCCCCCACCGGCUAUAUCAUUCAGAUAACGUUCAAUGAUUUCGACAUUGAAGAAGCUCCCAAUUGCAUUUAUGACUCAUUAUCCCUUGAUAAUGGAGAGAGCCAGACUAAAUUUUGUGGAGCAACUGCCAAAGGCCUAUCAUUUAACUCAAGUGCGAAUGAGAUGCAUGUGUCCUUUUCAAGCGACUUCAGCAUCCAGAAGAAAGGUUUCAAUGCCAGCUACAUCAGAGUUGCUGUGUCCUUAAGGAACCAGAAGGUCAUUUUACCCCAGACACUAGAUAGUUACCAGGUAUCCGUUGCCAAAAGUGUCUCUAUUCCAGAACUCAGCGCUUUCACGCUCUGUUUUGAAGCAACCAAAAUUGGCAAGGAAGACCAUGAAUGGAUAGCUUUCUCCUACUCAAAUGCAUCCUUCACACAGUUACUCAGCUUUGGAAAGGCCAAGAAUGGCUACUUUAUUUCUAUUUCUGGCUCAAAAUGCUUCCUAAACAGCGUGUUACCUGUGAAGGAUAAAGAAGACAUUUUCACGGAAAGCUUUGAGCAGCUCUGCAUCAUUUGGAAUAAUUCUCUGGGUUCUGUUGGUGUAAAUUUCAAAAGAAACUAUGAAGCAGUUCCGUGUGAUUCUACCAUCAGUAAAGUUAUUCCUGGAAAUGGGAAGUUGUUGUUAGGCUCCAGUCACAAUGAGAUGGCCUCCCUAAAAGGGGACAUUUAUAACUUUCGACUUUGGAAUUUUACCAUGAAUUCCAAAGUCCUCUCCAACCUCAGCUGUCACGUGAAAGGGAAUGUGGUCGACUGGCAAAAUGACUUCUGGAAUAUCCCCACCCUAGCACUGAAAGCAGAAAGCAACCUAAGCUGUGGUUCCUACCUGAUCCCACUCCCGGCAGCAGAACUAGCCAACUGUGCGGAUUUGGGGACCCUCUGCCAAGCUACUAUAGAUUCUCCCAGUACUACACCGCCCACUGUCACCACUAACAUGCCUGUUACUAAUAGAAUCGAUAAACAAAGGAAUGAUGGAAUUGUCUAUAGAAUUUCCAUAGUGAUUCAAAAUAUCCUUCGUCACCCUGAGGUUAAAGUACAGAGCAAGGUAGCAGAAUGGCUCAAUUCAACCUUCCAAAAUUGGAACUACACUGUUUAUGUGGUUAAUAUCAGUUUUCACCUGAGCACGGGAGAGGACAAGAUUAAAGUCAAGAGAAGCAUUGUGAAUGACCAAAGGUUGGUGAUUUGGGCCCUUCUAGUUUACAAUGCUACCAACAAUCCCAAUUUAGAAGGAAAAGACAUUCAACAGAAGCUCUUAAAAAAUAACGAGUCCCUGGAUGAGGGCUUGAGGCUAUAUGCAGUGAGUGUGAAGCAACUGGAUUUAUGUCCUGCUGAUGAGGAUCCCAAAGGCUUUCAUUGGCCACUCAUCCCACCUUCUGUCUACAACUUACCCUGUCCAGGGAAACAGGGCUUUUACGCUUCACGGACAUGUAAUUGGGACCCUGCCAACGCAUCUGUAGCCUACUGGGGGCUUCCUGACCUCUCCAAUUGUUCAAACGAAGCAAAUGAAGUGGCCAACCAGAUUUUAAAUUUAACGGGUGAUGGGCAGACCUUAAGCUCAGCCAAUAUUACCAGCAUUGUAGAACAGGUCAAAAGGAUUGUGAAUAAAGAAGAAAACAUUGAUAUAACACUUGGUUCAACUUUAAUGAAUAUAUUUUCCAAUAUCUUAACCAGUCCAGACAGUGACUUGCUUGAGUCUUCUUCUGAAGCUUUAAAAACAAUUGACGAAUUGGCCUUCAAGAUAGACCUAAAUAGCAUAUCACGUGUGAAUAUUACAACUCGGAAUUUGGCUCUUGGAGUAUCAUCCCUGUCCCCAGGGACAAAUGAAAUUUCAAAUUUUAGCAUCAGUCUUCCAAGCAAUAAUGAAUCCUAUUUCCAGAUGGAUUUUGAGAGUGGACAAAUGGAUCCAUUGGCUUCUGUUAUUUUGCCUCCAAACUUACUUGAGAAUUUAAGUCAAGAAGAUUCUGUAUUGGUUAAAAGAGCACAGUUUACUUUCUUCAAUAAAACUGGACUUUUCCAGGAUGUAGAAACCAAGAAAGGCACCUUAGUGAGUUACGUGAUGGCAUGCAGUAUUGGAAACAUUACUAUCCAGGGUCUGAAGGAUCCUGUUCGAAUUAAAAUCAAACAUACGAGAAACCAGGCAGUGCCUCAUCCCAUCUGUGCCUUCUGGGAUCUGAACAAAAACGAAGGUUCUGGAUUUUGGAACACGUCAGGAUGUGUGGCACACAGAGAUUCGGAUGAGAGCGAGACGGUCUGCUUAUGUAACCACCUCACACACUUUGGAGUUCUGAUGGACCUUCAAGGAACUGCCUCACAGAUAGAUGCAAGAAACACCAAACUUCUCACCUUCAUCACCUAUAUUGGGUGUGGGGUAUCUGCUAUAUUUUCAGCAGCAACUCUCCUGACAUAUGUUGCUUUUGAAAAACUGCGAAGGGACUAUCCCUCCAAAAUCCUGAUGAACUUGAGUACAGCUCUGCUGUUCCUGAACCUCCUCUUCCUCUUGGAUGGUUGGAUCACCUCGUUUCACGUGGAUGGCCUUUGCACGGCCAUUGCUGCCCUGCUCCAUUUCUUCCUUCUUGCAACCUUUACCUGGAUGGGGCUAGAAGCAAUUCACAUGUACAUUGCCCUGGUUAAAGUAUUUAACACUUACAUUCGCAGAUAUAUACUGAAAUUCUGCAUCAUUGGCUGGGGUCUGCCUGCCUUAAUCGUGUCCAUUGUUCUGGCAAGCAGAAACCAAAAUGAGGUCUACGGAAAAGAAAGUUAUGGAAAAGAACAAGGUGAUGAAUUCUGUUGGAUCCAGGAUCCAGUCAUAUUUUAUGUGACCUGUGCCGGGUAUUUUGGAGUCAUGUUUUUCCUGAAUGUUGCCAUGUUCAUCGUGGUCAUGGUGCAAAUCUGCGGGAGGAACGGCAAAAGAAGCAACCGGACCCUGCGUGAAGAGGUUUUAAGGAACUUGCGGAGUGUGGUCAGCCUGACGUUUCUGCUGGGCAUGACAUGGGGUUUUGCUUUCUUUGCCUGGGGAUCCUUAAAUGUCCCUUUUAUGUACCUCUUCUCCAUCUUCAAUUCAUUACAAGGCUUCUUUAUAUUUAUUUUCCACUGUGCUAUGAAGGAGAAUGUUCAGAAACAGUGGAGGCGGCAUCUUUGCUGUGGUCGAUUUCGGUUAGCAGACAACUCAGAUUGGAGCAAGACAGCUACUAAUAUCAUCAAGAAAAGUUCUGAUAAUCUAGGAAAAUCUUUGUCCUCAAGCUCCAUUGGGUCCAACUCAACAUACCUUACAUCCAAAUCCAAAUCCAGCUCUACCACUUACUUCAAAAGGAAUAGCCACACUGACAAUGCUUCCAUGGACAAAUCCUCGUCAAAAUUGACCCAUGCUGUUGGAGAACAAACAUCAAUCAUCCCCGUCCACCAGGUCAUUGAUAAGGUCAAGGGUUAUUGCAAUGCUCAUUCAGAUAACUUCUAUAAAAAUAUUAUCAUGUCAGACACUUUCAGCCACAGUACAAAGUUUUAAUGUGUUUAGUAUACAAGAGAAGAAUUCGUCUACAGAGACGUGAAACUCUGCAAGCAGUGAAAACCGUGACUAGCACACGUGAACAUGCUGUGUGUACAUGUAUGAGGAAUGUAUUUUGUUAAGAAGGCUUUUGUGAAAUUUAAAAAAUCUGUCUUUUCAGUGUGUUUCUUCCAUGGGGGAGUUUUGAUCAUCACUAAAACUUUAGUACUGAGAGCAACAUGACCCAGUAGCCACAGGGAAUAUGAUUUUUUUUUAAAACUAUGUAAUUGGAUCAGACUAAUCAGAACUCAGGGAGGUGGGGGACAUUAAAGUCAGUGGACAAGGGAGGAGCAGAGCGAGGGACAAGCAUAGCUUAGAGCUCAUUCAUGCCCCACUCUUAGGUUUUGGAUAUAGACAUUUGCUAUAUUGUCUUUCUCAACAAUGAAAAGCAUAUGAAUAGUCACAACUGUUUGGAUGCCCACAAGUCCCUUCUCAGUGCUAGUUUCUAUGAAUGCAGUAGGUUUUCUUUUCUUUCCAUAAAUUUUCAAACACAGAUACAAAAGAAUGCUUAAAGUCUGAUCCAAAGAUUAGAAAGGAAUUCGUUCUUAUUAUACCAAAUGUUUCACCUUCAAAAUAAUUAAUAUGCUUGAGAAAGAAUUUAUAAAAUCUUGACCCAGUUAAUAUGGGGCCCUGUAAAUUUCUAGUAUUUCCCUUAUCUUGCUUAAGACACAAGGUUUAAGCAUCAUCAUUAAUUAGCAUUUAAUCCCAUACAUUUGAAUGAAGUAUAAUGUUGAGAUUCCUUUAAUGUGGAUUUUCCACUACUUGAUGAAGAAUGAAUCUCUUAGACCUCUGGUUUUGCUUCUCUUCUAUCUGUUGAGCCCACAGACUCAUGGGAGGAAUGAGGAUUUACAUUAGGCAUACUGUGUAUAAUAGUCUCUCCAUUUUAGAAAAUACAAUCAUUGAGAUUCUGUGGUCCUACCUUUGCUGUAGAGACUUUAAGACAUUUCCAUUUGCACAAUUGGAAAGCCUCUUAUUUCCUUUUCAAGUGUUUUGUUACAAAGAAUAUAAACUGAGACAUAUGGGUGACUUGUCAUAGUCAAAAUAAUUUAUAAACACGUGGGUCUGCAAUUGUUGGUCUAAAAACCAUUUGUACAUGAGUCCUCUGAUUAUAAGAACCAGAGGAGGUCUGGCAAGAUAGAUAAAUUAAUUAGGUUUCAGCGUACAAGGCAUGCAUAUUAAGCAGUUUACCUAAUUUUCAAACUCCCCUAAGUGAUCUGCUUCCUAGUGAGUGUGUUGGAGAUGACGUUUAAAUUAUUCUUAAAUGAUGGAGUUGUAUCUAGGUCCUUAGAAAUUGGUCUCCGUAUAUGUUGUACCUUUACACUUGCUCCGGGAUAUCUGGGAAGUAUCAGGUCUGGGAGACAUUAGCCUAUGUGAUGAGAAGAUAAGGCAUUCUGUCAGUGCCGGUCUGCUGAAAGACAGAAGCCAGAACUGAGCACCUGGGGGCCUUUCUCUCUGUGCAAAAGGCAGGUGGCUCUCCAUCGGAGACCUAGGAGAGUUUUCAGGCUAUGCAGCAUCCAAGGGGCCUCUCACCUUUUGCUAAUCUUCAGUCAUAAAGCUAUUUGCCAGACUUAAAUGGAUGAUAGAUAAUAUGGUGGUAGGUUUUUAUUACCAUUUCGUUUUGCAGCAGCCUGGACCAGGCCUGGGAGACAUGAGCAUUACCCAGCUUGACUUUCACAGGGGAGGAGUGUACAUAGUAGGAAAGGGUAGUAAACCUCAAGUCACUAAGAUUCGCUACAGUAGAGACACAUCCUUUCCUAUAGGCGUAUGAGUAAUAGGCUGCUUACCCUGGCAAAGGUUACACGUAGAUGAAAAUGAGUCUUAAAUCGUCACUGAAUCUUCAUAUACUUUCCCCCAAGCCUUAGAGAUUCAUGAGAGAAUUUCAUUAGCUUUCUACUGUGAGAGCCCUACCCAAAGUGCAUAGUUAGUUCAUAGUACUUAAGAGAGACCUUCCAAAAUGGCUUUCAUUUCUACUCCUAUUCAUUCAGACCUGGGAAAACAUUUUCUUUUCUUCAUCAUUGACAACAAUGUCGACUCCGCUUUUAAAAUUUCCAGUAAUCAGGUAAGGAGAAAUGAAGAAACAGCUGAAUACAAACUUUUGCAGAUGGAUUUAAGAGAUUGAGCCAAAUUCUACCCUCAGUUCCAAGCAUGGGCUUCUCACAUUCAUUAGGUUCCCUCAGAAAGGAAUUGCAGGAAUUUAGCUGUGGAGCCAAAAUUUAGUUUAAACUUGAGAAUAAUAGCGAUUCAGAUUCCCUGUUUUUUUCUUCUUCUUCUUCUUCUUUUUCCUCUUUUUUAUCUACAUUGUGUUAGUCUUAGUCUAGGGUCCUGAGAUACUUUCUGUUCUUAUCAUUGUUCCCUGCAUUGUGGAGCUUUUCUUUGUCCAUUUUUGGCAUAGACUCUUUUGUACAUAUUUAUUUAUUUGUGUUUAUAAAUGCCAGCUUGUUUCAUAUCUUAGCUUUAUAUUGCCUGGAUUUGUUAUUUUAAUUAACUUUCUAUUGGAGAGACUGUAUAUAUUUUUUUCCUAAAUACUUUGUAAAAUAGUUUUCUCUAGUAAUAUCUUUGAAUAUGAUAAAUAAAAGUUACUGUGAGUGCAAAUUAGAAUUAGUAGUAAGAAGCUACUAUAACUGAUUUGCCUUUUUACUUAAAUGGAAAAUGUUUUUCAAAUAAAUACUUAUGUUGUUCG